AUGGAAAAUGAUAAACGGUCUGAUCAGCUGCCCGGUGGUCGGAAUGAUGAAAGCCUUCGAAGUCGCGAUGUAUAUUCUGGCCCGUUAAUCAUUGCCAAACGGGACUGUGUUGAUCCAGAAGGAGUUUACGAUUCAAAAACGUGCAGUCCAUAUGAUCGAUCUGGAAUCAUACAACCGCAUGUGGAUUUCAAGCGAACCGACACAGCUUCGGCUGAUAAUAAACGGUCACCGGAUUCCGCAAGGGAAUGGAAUGCCGAUCAGAGUAAGCUGAAACAAACACAACCCAAUGACUCCGGUUCGUACAAUCCAGCUCAAAAGUUUCCACCGGAGGACUAUUCAGAUCGCCUGGAUGACAAGCAUCCCGGAUCGUCUCAGUCCGCCUCAACUUGGCUCAAAGACUACGAAUUCCGACUGCCUCAAUCUCUGGCUAACCCGGUCAAGCCAUCUACAAUACGUCGGGAAAACCAGUACCGGAAUGAACACACCGAAUUAGGCUUGGAACCUAGAAAACAGUUUGCCCUGAAUAUUGGUCUGAUUGCUUCCGUUUCCGUGGGUGGAAUUUGUGUGUUAAUCGCACUCACCUGUGUUAUCUAUCGAUGUAUGCGUCGAGAUGAGGGUUCGUACAAUGUGGACGAGAACUUGGCCUAUACAGGGGAGAGCCAUUCCAUGCUGGGAUCCAGUGGUCCGGGAACACGCGUGGCACGUAAACGGGACGGGGACAUGCAAAUGAGUGUUCUGCGUCACACGCCAGACGCAACCGGUCACACCACACAAACGAUGCAUGGUAAUGAUGCGGGGCCAAUGAAAUCUGCCCUAAUGGUCACUUUCAAUGACAACUGUAAAGAUGCAUUUACCGGCCCGGGCACAUUAGGCGCUCAACCGGCAACUUCUGCCGAUAUGGUCUCAUCCAAACAGGAACUGCUCUCCUCGCCAUCCAUUCAAUCGGCAGAUAAUUCUGUGAAACGCUCACGACUGGUGAAAAUAGAGCAACCGUUUGAUCGGCGAACAUUGCGUUCCACAGCCAAGUCAAAACACUGCAAAGAUGUAACAGAUUCUCAAGAGUGGUAUGUCUAA